AUGGAUCAGCGACGGAACGUCGGUCGUGAAACGAUCAACAGCAGCGACGAUGCCAUCCUGCGACAGGACAUGCCAGCGUCGCUGCACCGCGUUGAAGAAGCCUCACGAUUGCUGGAGGACGCUUGCCGCAUGCUUCGAGCUGAUCCCUUCUCCCAACCCGCGAGAACUUUAAUGAUAUUCGACCAGGAAGUCGUCGAGCCAGCGUUGAGUGGCAUCGUUGCUCUCUCGUUGAAGAAGUACUUUCCGCUCAAAUUAUGCGGGCGUAAGUUGAUCGACGGUGCACGAGGCAUUUUGCAGGGCACUUCCUCGUUGUUGUUGUGCUUCGACGAGAGUGAGCAUUUGCACUUCGGGGAGCUCGUGAAUGAAUGUCGUUAUCCUUUUCGUGAAAGGUUCAGCGAUUCGCUUGAGAUUCGGCUAUGCCUGGAACGUGUAGUGUCGAGAGACGUGGACGCUCGCCAGCAAGAAUUGACUCACCAGGUUCACCGGGAGAUAUUGAUCCGAUGUCUGGACCAAGUCAAGAGCUUCGCUCCGAUUCUCAUCUGCUCCAUGAAGGUGUUCGUGGAAAUCGUUGCCACUGGAGCUCGAGGUGAUGGGUUCGACGAAGCGAACGAGAAUAGAAAUUAUCUUGCCGGAAGAAUGACGGAUGAAAUCAAUGAAAUCAUUCGUGUGCUUCAGCUGACAACGUACGACGAAGACGAAUGGGAAGCGGAUAGUUUGUCCGUCAUGAAGCGAGCGCAAAAUGCAAUCGAAAGCAAAUUGCAGACGGCACAUGACUGGUUGCAGGAUCCCUUGGCACUUCGAGGCGGAGUUGGCGAGAAGUCUCUGCGUCAGAUCGUUGAUUACGCGUCGCGUGUUGCGGAACGAGCUUUGCCUCCGGACAGCGAAGCCAUCCGGAAGCUGACCGGGGACGUGGCGUCCAUGAUGGACGCCCUUUGCGAACUGCGCCAGAACGGCGAAGGGGCCACUCCGCAGGCCCAAGGUCUUGCUCGGAGUUUGGGACAGAAGCUAAAGGAACUGGAUGCUCUCGUAGCCAAGGCCGUUGUGAAUGUGGAGAAGUCUGGUCUGGUGCAACCCGCGCAUACGGUUUCUGGGCGGUUGGACCAGGCCAAACGCUGGUUGCUGAAUCCGUCUGCGGAUGACCGAGGAUUGGGUCAGCAGGCCAUCGGACUUAUUGUGCAAGAAGGAAGAAAGCGAGCAGCCAUAGCCAAGGCCGUUGUGAAUGUGGAGAAGUCUGGUCUGGUGCAACCCGCGCAUACGGUUUCUGGGCGGUUGGACCAGGCCAAACGCUGGUUGCUGAAUCCGUCUGCGGAUGACCGAGGAUUGGGUCAACAGGCCAUCGGGCUUAUUGUGCAAGAAGGAAGAAAGGUUGCCGAAGGACUAUCCGGUCCCCAAAGAGUGGAAAUCCUAGGAUUGUGCAAUGAUGCCGAGCGAGCAGCCAUGCAACUCGGAGACCUCGUUUCCCGCGGCCAGGGCAAUUCUCCCGAAGGUCGCCGUUUAGCCAAGCUACUUGCCGUCAAGUUGGAUGCUUUGAAAGAAGCUAUUCAGGGUGCCCUAGUGGACAGAGUUGUAGAAGAUUUUGCCGACGUUGCGACACCGCUCAAGCAAUUCACGGACGCCGUGACUGCGCCCGAAGGCACGCCAGGACGUGAAGCAAAUUUCGCCGAGAAGGCUGCGAAUUUGUCGGCAUUCGGCAAUAGAGUUGCGAAAACUGCGAGGCUCGUUGCAGCUGGUUCGGGAGGGAACAAGAAAUUGGCUGAAGCGCUUCUUGCUGCCGCCUCUCAGGUGGAGAGUUUGACGCCGCAGCUGGUGAAUGCGGGUCAGAUUCGCAUGGCGUAUCCUCAAAACAAAGCCGCAGAUGAGCACUUCGAAAAUUUGCGGCUUCAGUACUCCGACUCCUUGCACAAAAUGCGAGCGUUGGCCGAUGAAGCGACGGAUUCUGCCAAGUUUAUCCGUGCUUCAGAGGACGCCAUGAGGUGGCAUAUUGGCCAGUGCGAGGAAUCGAUCAGUCGGCGAGACCCGCAAGGCAUGGUGGACCACACGUCUUCCAGUGCGCGGUUGGGCAACCGUGUUUUGAUGGUUGCCAAACAAGAAGCGGACAAUUCCGAAGAUCCCGUGUACAAUGCACGAAUCAACAGAGCUGCGGACGGACUUCAGAACGCGGUACCACCUAUGGUGCAGGAUGCUAAGAACGUGGCGUUGAACAUGACCGAUCCUAGGGCACAGAAGCGAUGGCGCGAAUCGAGCCAAUCGGUUCUUGAUUCUGUUGGUGAAGUUAGACGUGCCGUCGAACCUGCGCGAGAAAUGGGCUUCCCCCCGCCACCGGAUCUUACGGAUUUGUCACUCAGCGCGUUGGCCGACGAUGAAGAAGACUGGCCGCCGCCGCUUCCAGAAUCUCCGCCUCCCAUGAGCUCUAAAGAUGCGGAUGCGUUGAGAAACCAGGAAUCCUUCCGAGUUUCUCUUCCACCACCGCCAGUGCCACCAAAACCAAGAUCGCGUCCAGAGCGCAAACUUGAAGAGGACGAAGAUGACGGAUCCUGCUCCUUCCUGGCUGUCUACGAAGCCCGGACUUCGGGACGCCGUUCAAAGUCCCGUCCGGAUCGCACAGCAGCCGAGAACCGUCACUACGCGGACAACAAACGGCGGCAUCGACACUCGAAACAGACGCCGGUGUGCGACGAAGAAAUUGCCCCGACGGCGGCGAGUCCGGCGCCUCCGCCUCCGCGGACGAACGCGUCCAAGGACGCCUUGUUGCGGCACGGGCGAAGGAGUCGGCGACGAGACUGUGACUGGAACGACGACGAUGACGGGAGGAGCUCGACGGCGUCGAGCAGCGAUAGCGGGCUGCACUCGUGGCCGAAUAAUUCCAGGACGAAAUUCGGGGUUUCUUCCUUGACUGCGAAUAGAAUUCCAGAUCAUGUUCUAGAUGCCCCCCCGAGGCCGCCGCCGCCAUCCAUGGGCGGCGUGGGAAGCGGUUUUGGUCCGCCGAGACCGCCUCCGCCGGAAACAGAUGACGAGGAUGACUCCGCAUUUGCCAGACCGCCGGCACCUAAUCAGCCCAUCAUGGUGUGUGCAUCCUUCUAUUUCAAGAAAAUAAUGGCCGCCCACGGAUUGCACGAGAUGGUGACCCAGUGGUCCUCUCGUGACAACGAGAUCAUUGCGGCGGCGAAGCGCAUGGCGUCUCUGAUGGCGAAACUGGCUCAAUUGGUGCGCGGCGAAGGCGGCACGAAGAAGGACCUCAUCAAGUGCGCCCAAGACAUUGCGGACGCUUCGUGCGAAGUCACGCGACUAGCCAAGGAGCUUGCGAAGGAGUGCACUGAUAGACGCAUGCGAACGAAUCUGCUGCAAGUAUGCGAACGCAUUCCGACGAUUGGAACCCAACUGAAGAUUCUCUCAACUGUCAAAGCAACAAUGCUUGGAGCUCAGGGGUCGGAAGAGGACCAAGAAGCGACUGACAUGUUGGUCCACAACGCACAAAAUCUGAUGCAAUCCGUGAAGGAAACCGUUCGAGCUGCCGAAGCAGCUUCCAUCAAAAUCCGCACUGAUGCCGGAAUCAGGUUGCGCUGGAUUCGCAAAGAUCCGUGGUAUCACUAUUGAAAAAAUUGCAGUCAAGAAAUUUGAGAGGAAAAACCGAAGGAAAGAAAAAGAACUGCAACGGAAAACUGCCUUGUUACGAAGCGUAGGGUGUUCCGCUGAAAAGAUGCAUCAACAUUGUCCUGUUUUGUUUCCUUUGAACCAAAAAAAACGGGAGCAUGUAAUAUUUCUCAAGUUUUUCUGGUAAUUAAUUUUCCCAUCGUAUCUGUGCAAACUUCGAAAUUUCACUCAAAUUUUAUAAUUUUUUCCUCCAUUUGUGCUGAUAAUCGAAAUCGAAAAACUUUUCAAUGCAUUGAUCCGUUCGAUGAAUUUUGUCGCUUGGUCCAUUUUUCUGUCAUGACUGUUUGCAAAAGUGUGGAUAGAUUUCAGUCGAAGUCGAAAUUUUAUUUGAGUUCCGAUCCGAAUCGUCCAAAUUUUCUUCUGCUUAGGGACAGUCGAGUACGGAAGUGAAUUUGGCCCUUGCAGAAAAUUGUGGAGUACACUGAAUAAAUUUCGAAUAAUUUUUUUGCACUGCAAACCAUCUCGACGCAUUCACGAAUACUGUACAGUUGUCAAAAGUCUCAAAACAGAUUGCUGCAUAUGCCUCCCAAAAUUUGAGAAAUUUUCACUGCGGGCUGAAUUCGUUUGCGCUCUGAAUUUUUUGAAUUCGAACUAUUUUAGUUAGUUAGUUCUGCAUUUUGAGGGAAAUCUGAGGGGUUGCUGGGAAAAAAUUAGGAAAUUCUUCUUGUAUGCGACUGAAGUUUCGAAGGAAUCGAUUCGGGAUUUAAAUAUCCGAAUAUCGGGAUGUUUCUUUUUCAGUGGAAUCUCCGUGCGUAUUGCGAAUCUAUUUUAACCCCUUCCAUAUAUUGUGAAGUUGUAACUUAAACGUUUCAGCCUUGCCAUAUUCCUUCAAUGAUCCAAAAUUGCUUGUGUUCAAUUCGAAGAAAGAGAAAAAAGAAAUUUCAUCUUCCUCGCGAGUUGUUCGAUCGCGUUACGUGGUCGAAGUUAACUUAUCUAACUUGAAUGUAUUACGGAAAAAGAAGGGAGAAAUCUUAGGGCGGGUAACCAAGAAAUUGUAACUUGUUGCGUGCGCUUUCAAAAAGCUGUUUUGUCUUCUACGAUGCUUUAGAAGAGUGUAGCAUUUGUUAUACUGUUUCAUUGUUUUUUUUUUUUUUGAAAACUGACAGAGGAUAUUGUAAAUGGGGAGAGAAAGAAUAGUUAUACUCCUUUUACCUGCGAGGAAAUUUCCGGGUCAGAUUUUCAGUAUUUUGCGAAAACUGAGACAUGCGGUUUCGUGUGGUGCGGUUUUUUCGUAUUAUUGAUGUUUUGUGCACGUCAAGGUUGUUGUUCAACAGCUUUUCUUUGGUUAUGCGAAAGCCGAAUCUUAUAACAACAACCAAAAGAAAAGACACGGCUGCGCCAUUUAAGAAUAUUUUGUACAACUUCUCAGUGAAGUUUCUUCUUUCCCUUUCUAACCGUUUACCUAAUCUACCGACAGUAAAUGAUUUUAUUUACCUCUUCGUUCCCAGAAAGCAGAAAGAGAGUUUUUUACCCCUGAACUUCCAGAUAGUUCUUCGAACUUCGUAAGGUAGAUUUCGCUGACGUGCGGUUAAAUUUCACUUACUGACCGUGUACAUCGUUUUCUAUGCACUGCAGCCCAUCAUGUGAAGUGAGAGAAAACGCAGUUCGGGUUAGAUUCUGUCCCAAAUGGCUGACGUUCUACUGUAGUAUACCGUACAGUACCUUUUUGGAUGAUUCUACAUCUUGGUAAUUCAAUGCAGAAACGACAUCUACCAUAAGUCCCGAAAAGUGUUCUGUGAGUAUCUACCGAGAUCAUAGUGGCAAUAUUGAACUUGGCCCCAGUCGUAUGAUUCGAGGUUUCUACUGAUUGUAUGAAAAGCUGGUUACUCGAUCGAGAGAGCAAAACAAAAAAUCACGCGAAAGUGUGUUACAUGGGUUGUACAUGCGUUCCAGACCUGUUGAAAUCUUGUUGGUUUCGCCUUCGAUGUAAUGUAUUUGAAAUCCCUGAAACUGUCCAAUCAGAAAAUUGAACCAGAAUAAUAUUCGCGUCGGGUUCGUGCGAAUUUUCUUUUGUGAAGAAACGAAUCAUCUACCGCCUGAGCCCUGUUUCUUUUGGUGUGCCCAACCACAUGGUGCUACAACGAGUGUGCCUGCGUUUGUUUGUUACCCAGAGCCUUUCAGGAGUUUGUGAGACAGAGGUUUCUGCGUUGCCAUUUUGUCGCGUAACUCGUUUUAAUUCAUGCCUGUUGACGGUACUGAGCCAUUGGUAAAAAAGAAAAAAGAAGAAGAAAUCCGUGUGCGUUGGACGUGCGAGUGAUUUGUUUGCUGGAGAGAAGAAACAGUGCUUGCUUCUGGAUGGAAGGCGGAUGGAGAAAGGAACAGUUGGAGAAGAGUUACAGUUUAACUUUUUGUAAGCAAUUCAUGGAGUGCUUGUUUCACUUUUUGUGAGUGCUCUGAUGUGGCGGAGCGGCAUUGAUCUUUCAUCUUAAUAAAGGAGUGGGAAAACUUGAAAAAAA